AGAAGUUUCUGCUGGGGUCUGGAUUGGAGAUACAUCGACUUCAUCUGUCAUCCGUUGAAUGAGUGGAAUCUAAAGAGAACAAACGGGCCUCAAAGAGUCUACAUGUCUAAUAUUUAGACAUGUUCAGCUUUGUGGAUACUCGGUUAGCGCUGCUCCUAGCAGCAACAGUCCUCCUGGUACGGUGCCAAGGCGAAGCUGAUGUACAAGAUAUAACAUGUACUCAUGAGGGACAGAUAUAUGCAGAUAGGGACGUAUGGAAAUCCGCUGAUUGCAAGAUCUGUGUUUGUGACUCCGGAACCGUACUCUGUGAUGAAGUCACCUGUGAAGAGAUAGCCGACUGCCCCAAUCCAAUACUGCCCGACGGAGAAUGCUGCCCCAUAUGUCCUGAAGCAACAGACUCAGAAUUUCUUCAGGUUGAGGGACCUAGGGGAGAAACUGGACCUAAAGGAGAUAGGGGACUACCAGGCCCUCCUGGAAGGGAUGGAGUUGACGGCCUUCCUGGACCUCCUGGCCCCCCUGGCCCACCUGGUCCCCCUGGCCUUGGCGGAAACUUCGCUCCACAACUGGCUCAAGGUUAUGAUGAGAAAUCUGGCGGUGCCAUUCCUGUUGCCGGACCUAUGGGUCCAAUGGGUCCUCGUGGUCCUCCCGGCCCACCUGGUCCACCUGGUCCUCAAGGUUUCCAAGGUCAUCCCGGUGAGCCCGGUGAACCAGGUGCAACUGGUGCUAUUGGUCCACGUGGUCCUCCAGGUCCUCCUGGCAAGAAUGGUGAAGAUGGUGAAGCUGGAAAGCCUGGCCGUCCUGGUGAGCGUGGUCCCCCUGGUCCUCAGGGUGCUCGUGGUUUCCCCGGAACUCCUGGUCUCCCUGGCAUGAAGGGUCACAGAGGCUUCAGUGGUCUUGAUGGUGCUAAGGGUGACACUGGUGCUGCUGGCGCCAGGGGUGAACCUGGCAGUCCUGGUGAAAAUGGAACUCCUGGCCAAAUGGGUCCCCGUGGUCUGCCUGGUGAGAGAGGACGUCCUGGACCUCCUGGCCCUGCUGGUGCUCGUGGUAAUGAUGGUUCCGCUGGUGCUGCCGGCCCACCUGGCCCCACUGGUCCUGCUGGUCCACCUGGUUUCCCUGGAGCUGCUGGCCCUAAGGGUGACACUGGUGCACAAGGCGGUCGUGGUCCAGAAGGUCCACAAGGAGCUCGUGGUGAACCUGGCAAUCCCGGCCCUGCUGGUGCUGCUGGCGCUGCUGGCAACCCUGGAAGUGAUGGUCAAGCUGGCGCAAAGGGUGCAACUGGUGCUCCAGGCAUUGCAGGUGCUCCUGGUUUCCCUGGUGCUCGUGGUCCUGCUGGUCCCCAAGGCCCUGCUGGUGGUGUUGGCCCCAAAGGAAACAAUGGUGAACCUGGUGCCCCUGGACACAAGGGUGAACCUGGCGCUAAAGGCGAACCUGGUUCAGUUGGUCCCGCUGGCCCACCUGGCCCCUCUGGUGAAGAAGGAAAGAGAGGAUCCCGUGGUGAACCUGGACCUGCUGGCCCAGCUGGUCCUACUGGUGAACGUGGCGCUCCUGGUGGUCGUGGUUUCCCUGGCAGUGAUGGCACACCUGGUCCCAAGGGUCCUAAUGGCGAACGAGGUGCACCUGGACCAAUAGGUCCAAAAGGCAAUACUGGUGAAGCUGGUCGCCCUGGUGAACCUGGCCUCCCUGGCGCUAAGGGUUUGACUGGCAGUCCUGGCGCUCCUGGCCCUGAUGGCAAGACUGGUCCACCUGGACCUUCUGGACAAGAUGGUCGCCCUGGCCCCCCUGGUGCUGCUGGUGCCCGUGGACAACCUGGUGUUAUGGGAUUCCCUGGCCCCAAGGGCGCAACUGGUGAGCCUGGAAAGAACGGUGAGAGAGGAGUUGUUGGUGCACCUGGCCCUGCUGGUCCUGCUGGCAAAGAUGGAGAAGUUGGUGCUCAAGGUCCCCCUGGUCCUGCCGGCCCUGCUGGUGAAAGAGGUGAACAAGGACCCGCUGGUCCCCCUGGAUUCCAAGGUCUUCCUGGUACCCCCGGACCCCCUGGUGAGGCUGGCAAGCCUGGUGAACAAGGUGUUCCUGGAGAUGCUGGUGCCCCUGGACCUUCUGGAUCAAGAGGUGAGAGAGGUUCUCCUGGUGAACGUGGUGCUCCUGGACCUGCUGGACCUGCUGGAGCUCGUGGCUCUCCUGGUUCUCCUGGCAAUGAUGGCGCUAAGGGUGACACUGGCCCUGCUGGUCCUCCUGGUGCUCAAGGUGCUCCCGGUAUGCAAGGUAUGCCCGGUGAACGAGGUGCUGCUGGUUUGCCAGGUGCAAAGGGUGACAGAGGUGAUCAUGGUGCCAGAGGAAAUGAUGGUGCUCCUGGCAAAGAUGGUGCAAGAGGCUUAGCUGGCCCAAUUGGUCCUCCAGGCCCAAGUGGUGCUCCUGGUGAAAAGGGUGAAGGUGGUCCUUCUGGUCCCGCUGGUCCUACUGGUUCUCGUGGUGCACCUGGUGAGAGAGGUGAAACUGGUCCUCCUGGCCCUGCUGGAUUUGCUGGGCCUCCUGGUGCUGAUGGCCAACCUGGUGCAAAGGGUGAACCUGGUGAUGCUGGUGCCAAAGGUGAUGCUGGUCCUGCUGGUCCUGCCGGCCCAACUGGCGCUCCUGGCCCUGCUGGUCCUGUUGGUUCUACCGGUCCCAAAGGCGCACGUGGUGCUGCUGGCGCUCCUGGUGCAACUGGCUUCCCUGGUGCUCUUGGCAGAGUUGGACCUCCUGGCCCUGCUGGUAAUGCUGGUCCUCCUGGCCCAUCUGGUCCUGCUGGCAAAGAAGGUCCUAAGGGUGCUCGUGGUGAAACUGGUCCUGCUGGUCGUACUGGUGAGCCUGGUGCUGUUGGUCCACCCGGUCCUCCUGGCGAGAAAGGCUCUCAGGGUUCUGACGGUCCUCCCGGUCCAUCUGGCACUCCUGGCCCACAAGGUAUUGCUGGACAACGUGGUAUUGUUGGUCUUCCUGGACAGAGAGGAGAACGUGGCUUCCCUGGUCUCCCAGGUCCAAGUGGUGAACCUGGCAAACAAGGACCUUCUGGCCCAGUUGGUGAACGUGGUGCUCCUGGACCAUCUGGACCUCCUGGAUCAGCUGGACCUCCUGGUGAACCUGGCCGUGAAGGAUCUCCUGGUGCUGAAGGUGCUCCCGGACGUGAUGGAGCUCCUGGUCAGAGGGGUGAACGUGGUGAAGCUGGUCCCGCUGGUCCAUCUGGUCCUCCUGGCCCUCCUGGUGCACCUGGCCAUGCCGGUCCUGCUGGAAAGAAUGGCGAACGUGGUGAAACUGGUCCUGCUGGCCCUGCUGGCCCUGCCGGUCCUGCUGGUGUCCGUGGUCCUACUGGUCCUCAAGGUGCCCGUGGUGACAAGGGAGAAACAGGUGAAGCUGGUGAAAGAGGCAUCAAAGGUCACAGAGGAUUCACUGGUCUUCAAGGUCUUCCUGGCCCUUCUGGCUCCUCUGGUGAACAAGGCCCACCUGGUCCAUCUGGUCCCAGUGGUCCAAGAGGUCCUCCUGGUCCCUCUGGUGCUACUGGCAAAGAUGGUGCAAAUGGUGCUGCUGGUCCUGUUGGCCCACCUGGUCCUCGUGGUCGCACUGGUGACGUCGGUCCUGCUGGUCCCCCUGGACCUCCUGGCCCUGCUGGUCCUCCUGGCCCACCUGGUGGUGGAUUCGACUUGGGCUUCAUGGCUCCACCAGCUCAAGAGAAGGCCCCUGAUCCUCUGCGCUUCCACUACAGAGCUGAUGAUGCAAAUGUGAUGCGUGACCGUGACAUGGAGAUUGAUACUACCCUGAAGUCUCUGAGUAUGCAGAUUGAGAACAUUCGCAGCCCUGAAGGAACCAGGAAGAACCCAGCCCGUACCUGCCGUGACCUGAAGAUGUGCCACUCUGACUGGAAGAGCGGUGAAUACUGGAUCGACCCUAACCAGGGCUGCACUCUGGAUGCCAUCAAGGUAUUCUGCAACAUGGAAACUGGUGAGACCUGUGUCUACCCAUCCCAGGCUAACAUUGCUCAGAAGAACUGGUACAUCAGCAAGAACCCCAAGGAAAAGAAACAUGUCUGGUUCAGCGAGGCUAUGAGCGAUGGCUUCCAGCUCCUAUAUGGAAGUGAGGGAUCUGACCCAGCUGAUGUUGCCAUCCAGAUGACUUUCCUGCGUCUUAUGUCUACUGAGGCCUCUCAGAACCUCACCUACCACUGCAAGAACAGCAUUGCCUACAUGGACCAAGAUGCUGGCAAUCUGAAGAAGGCCUUGUUGCUGCAGGGAGCCAAUGAGAUUGAGAUCCGUGCUGAGGGCAACAGCCGCUUCACUUACAGUGUCACUGAGGAUGGUUGCACAAGACACACCGGCGCAUGGGGUAAGACAGUUAUUGAGUACAAGACAUCUAAAACAUCUCGCCUGCCAGUUAUUGACAUUGCACCCAUGGACAUUGGAGCAGAAGAUCAAGAAUUUGGCCUUGACAUUGGACCAGUCUGCUUCUUGUAAAAAGACAACUUGCCUUGGACUUGAAUUUGUUUUUCUAGCCAUCAUCUCUAAACUUUUGUUUUCUAUGCAUUAAAAAAAACCUAAAAUUCAUUUGACCGCUGACAGUCCACUUGCUUUAACUUGGCCCCUGAAGAUGGGGGUAGAUGAACCGGGACCACUACUUGCACAACCACCACAAGGGACACUUUGAAAAAAAUCUUUGUUUCCAUGGCAAUAAGAAACAUGAUAAACUUGUAAAUUUGUUUUUUCUAAGAAAUGUAUAAUUUCCCUUCUGUGCCAUCCUCCCCGGAAUGAAGAAGUUGAUUAAUUAAUUAUUGCAAGGUGACUUCUGUGUCAUAGAAAACCACUGAACGCAAGUGAAACUAUGCUCUGUAUCGUGUUUCAGGUGGCAAUAAUAAAUCUGAAAACCAAAA